AUGGCUCAACCCAACCAGCCCGGCUCGCUUCCAGCCCCGCCGACCCAAUCCUCUCCUCUCUCCUCCCAAAUCGACCUUCUGGUGGCUCUCCACCUGUGGUCCUGGCCCGCCUUGACUCUCGCUAUCCAAAACUCUUGGGGCGGUUCUCCCGAGGUCUCCAAGGACAAACGGGAUUGGUUUGCCGGGGCCGUGUCCGAACUGCUCACAUCGAGCCCUCCGCAACUGGCAGAUGUCAGCGACCUGGAAGAAGUCCUAAUACAGGUCAUGCUUGAUGAAUUCGAGGUCGUGGUCGACGACGGCAGCGCCGAAGAGACCGCUAAAAACAUCUGGAGUGGAGCGACCAAACUGAGCGCCGGGGAUACCUCUGAACUGAACGAGCUCUACGCGAAGUGGGAGGAGAAGCAGAAAAAUGGAGGUGACAAGGUCGUCGGGAUUGUCAGAGGGGAGGACAAGGAGGGUGAAGAAACGGAUUGGGAUGAUGAUGACGACGACGACGAUGAAGAGGAGGAGUGGAACGGAUUUCCUGAUCGGUCCGACGUGCAGAUGGACGACGCUCCUUCAAUCAUUGACAUUGACUGGAAACCAAAGCAGAAGCCCGAGCCAGAGGUUGACGAGGAGGGUUUCACAAAGGUUGUGGGCAAGAAGAAGAAAUAA